ACUCAGCAGAGCAGCACCCGUCAUUAUGUGAUAUCGCCCACCAUGGCUGUGGUGUAUGCAGACUUGAGGUUUGCACGGUCUCCGGCACAGGAACCUCCUCCAACAGACCUGUCCCAGAUUUACGGCGAGUGGGAAGUUACAUACGAGAAUGUGAAGCCUCUGAGAGAACAAGGAGAAUGGAGGGGGGAGUCCAGCACCCCAACCCUACGUCACUGGCUGCACAGAUUUUCGGCUGUUCACUCUCCGUAUGUCACUGCCUGUCUGCUGCCCAUCUGCCUCGUCCUACUGGGGGCGACUAUCAGACUGUCUGUGCUCUUGUCCCAGGUGUCUCAGCUCCAUGAGGAAACUGCCGGCCAGUUGGAGAAGCUGCAGGAGGACCACAGGGCCCUGAAUGCCACCCAGUUGGGCACCAUCCUACAGCAAGAGCAGGACCUGCAUUGGAAGGAGAAGAUGUUAAUAAAUACGAGGGCAGAACUGGAGAAGAUGCAGAACCUUCUGACUAACAGUAGGGGGAGUAACACUGAAAUGAACCAAUCGUUGGACAUAACGGUCAAACAGAGGAACCAGCUCCAGUCUGAUCUCAGUGGCUGCCGAACAGAAUUGGAGACAAAAAAGGAGGAACUGGGACGGAUGAGCAGCCAACAAACAAGCUGUCAGACUGAGCUGAGAUCCUGCAAUUGGGACAAAGAAAGGAUAAAUAAUAUUUACAAACAAUCACAAAAAUCCCUUUCUGACACAAACACAAAGCUGAAAGCAUCAGAGGAAAACUUGGACUGGGCACAAAGGGAAUUACAGAAUGUGAAGAACAACUUGCAAGAGACGCAGAGAAAUCUUGAGGAAAUCAGGGAAAGUGAUGAACAGAAAGGGAAGAAUCUGUCGGCUCUGCAGAAACAAUGGAGUGAAGUUCAGCAAUGCGUCUCUUGUGAGAGUCACAAUAAUUUGGAGAGUGGACCCUACAAUGAUCCUUUUGAUUACUGUCCAGACAUGUGGGAGCAGAUUGAAGACCAGUGCUACUACUUCUCCAGUGAAUCCCAGUACAGACUGCAAAGUGAAACUGCCUGCCGGAGAACAGGAGCCGUGUUGGCCAAAAUAGAAGAAAGUGAUGAUAUUUUAAAGGACAUGAUUGCAAAGUCUUCUCAUUCUUAUUGGAUUGGGCUGAAGAAGGUAGAACUCCCAGACAAGGCAAAUAUUUUCCAGUGGAGUGAUAAUACCAGUCAGAUUCUAGAGAGCUCACCAAAUCAAUUAUGUGCCAAGGCUUCUCCAGAACUGAAGGCAGAAGUCUGCUCCAAAACAUUGCCUUGGAUUUGUCAGAAGAAAACAGAACAAUGUCACAGCAACAGGGAACUUGUACAGUGCUUUGGGGAGAAACUGGGGGUAUUUGGGAAGAGGCACCUUCCAGAGUUCAGUACUGAGAGCCUGGGCAUGGGACAGACACUGACAUGACAUAGUACAAAUUGUGACUUUAUUAUUUUCCAAUAAAUAUGCCAUUUUGGUUUC